AUGACGUCGUUUCAAGGUUUAUUUAAAACUCGGAUCCGCUCUCGCGUGGCAGAAGAGCCAGUGACGAUGGAGGAGGAGGAAACAGCAGACGCGAAACGCCGUCAGAUCUGCAACAACUGCGACCGUCCAAAACCAAUCUGCAUCUGCCACGUCAUACCAUCGGAACCAAUCCCAACGAAAACAGAGAUACUCAUCCUCCACCAUCCACACGAGUCACGCCACAAACUCAACACCACACAUCUCCUCGUCAAAUCCUUACUCAACGUCACCAGAAUCCCCGGCCGCCGCCUCCGUAACCGCCACAUCUCCACCUCUCUCCCUAAACCAUCCCACACGAUCUACCUCUUCCCGCCGUCUCCCUCUUCCCCCGCCGUCACCGUCUCCGAAUUCAAAAUAUCCCUAAACCUCCUCACGGAUCCUCCUCCGUCCCUGAGGCUGAUCGUGUUCGACGCGACGUGGAAGCACGCGAAGGAGAUGGUGAAGGCGAGCGAGGAGGUUUUGAGGGAAGCCGGGGCCGUGAGGGUGUGUUUGGACGCGGGGAUAGACGAGUCAGUUAGCGGGGGGAGUAUCUAUGAUUCGGAGCUGUUGUUGAGGAAGGAGCCGGUUGGUGGAUGCGUGAGCACGGCGGAGGCGGUUGCGAGGUGUUUGGGAGGUUUGGAGGUGGAGGGAGAGGAGAUAGAGAGGAAGUUGAUUAGUGUGUUGAAGGAGAUGGUGAGGUUGCAAUCUGAGUUCUUGAAGCCUAUGAGGCCAAGGCCUAAGUUGUUGAAGAAGAGGUUGUUACAGAGUCAACAAACUUUUGAACAAGAAGAAGAAGAAUGAGUUUGAUUCAUUUUAGAGAAAUUUUUAGAGUGGGUUGUUUGAUCACAUUUUGAUUGUUUCAUUAAUCCAUUGUUGUUGCAUUAGCUAAUUAUACAUCAACAUCUCUAAAAGAUGAUUGAAGAUCCAUUAAACUAA